AACAGUCCAAAGUUUCAAUCUUUAGCUUCAUUUUUGUAAUUUUCCUACCUUCUUCGUCUUUCGAGGCUCUGUUUUUUCUUUAAUAUUCUCAGGUUUCUUCUAUUUGUGGUGGUACAGAAUCAAGAAACGUCUUUCAGGAAAUAUUAAAAGAUGGUGAGCCAAGAAGGGUCGGCAACACUUAACCGAUGCUUCGAGAAGAUGAAGGAGAUCAAUAUGGAAAGAAUUGUGUUCACUGGGUGGAAAGAUAUCCCUGCUGAGCUUCUGAUGAGGAUCUUAAACCUUGUUGAUGAUCGGACGGUCAUCAUUGCUUCUGGUGUUUGCAGUGGCUGGAGAGAUGCUAUUUCCUUUGGUCUCACUCGUCUCUCCCUCUCUUGGUGCAAGAAGAACGCGAACAGUUUGGUUCUGUCUCUUGCUCCAAAACUCGUUAACCUUCAGACUCUGGUACUGAGACAGGACAGCCCUCAGCUUGAGGACAACGCAGUGGAAGCUAUAGCGAAUCACUGUCACGAGCUACAAGAUCUUGACCUUAGCAAAAGCUUGAAACUCACUGACCAUUCCCUCUAUGCUCUGGCUCGCGGCUGCACUAACCUCACUAAACUCAACCUUAGCGGCUGCACGUCAUUCAGCGACACUGCUUUGGCCUAUUUGACAAGGGUUUGCCGGAAGCUCAAAGUUCUAAAUCUUUGUGGCUGUGUUGAAGCUGUAUCUGACAAUGCAUUGCAGGCUAUUGGAGAAAACUGCAGUCAGAUGCAAUCACUAAACUUGGGAUGGUGUGAGAAUGUAAGUGAUGAUGGAGUCAUGAGUUUAUCUUAUGGCUGUCCUGAUCUAAGAACCCUUGAUCUUUGUGGAUGUGUUCUUAUUACAGAUGAGAGUGUGGUGGCUUUGGCGAAUAAGUGUGUACACUUGAGGUCAUUGGGGCUAUACUAUUGCAGGAACAUAACUGACAGAGCAAUGUACUCACUGGCUCAGAGUGGAGUGAAGAACAAGCACGAUAUGAGGCGGUCGGUUAAGAAAGGCAAGUUCGAUGAAGAAGGACUAAGAAGCCUCAACAUUAGCCAAUGUACUUACCUUACACCUUCAGCUGUUCAAGCUGUCUGCGAUACAUUCCCUGCGCUCCACACUUGUUCCGGCAGGCAUUCGCUUGUCAUGAGUGGUUGUCUGAAUUUAACAUCGGUUCACUGUGCAUGUAUCCUCCAGACCCACCGCACCCACACAGCUUACCCUCACCCGGCUCAUUGAACCAGUGUCUAAGGCAUAAGGGUCUCUUCUUUGGUAUUUGUACAUAUAAGCCUAAAAUUAAAAGAAAAAAAAAAUAUAAGCUUGUCUGUUUGAGGUUUAUCUUCACAUCUCAAGAUUUUACAACCUUAAAAUGAUUACAAGGUUCUUUACUUUGUUUUACAAUAUUUGUAUAACUUUGAUGAUCCAUCACUCAUCAUCAGAUAAUAACGAAUAACUCAAAUAAUAAGAGGCUACAUAUGACAGUAGCAGUCCUCUUUCAGUUUAUCUUUCUCUCAUGAAUCACUACUGAAACGCACGUUGCCUGUAUGAUGAUGGAUUCUCCUCUGGAAGAUUUAGUAUUUGCUGUAUCUGGUGAUGAGCCUACGCAAAAAAAAAAAAAAAAAAGAGGAAAAA